CAGCUUCUUCGCCAUUCGCAAAGGGGGUAUGUUUUUAACCUAAGAACUUAUUUCCCCCCACAGUGAAGGCCUCACUUUCUCUGCACGACGGCAUCCAAGCAGAAGGGAAAAUCAACGAGAAAUUAAAGAAUGCCAACUUACAAGAUCAGGGGAAUCAGCGUGGAUUUCCCAUUCGAGGCCUACGAUUGCCAACUCCUUUACAUGGAAAAAGUCAUCGAAUCCCUCCAAAACAAAUGCAAUGCACUUCUGGAGAGUCCUACUGGAACUGGAAAAACUUUAUGUCUUCUGUGUGCAACAUUGGCUUGGAGGAAGAGUUUAGGCAGUUUCUCAACUGGAAGGUUUGCGAGGAAUAGUCUGAAUUCAGGGAGCAAAUCAGAUGUUGUACCAUCACAGCCAGAGGCUAGCAAUUUUCCUACAAUCAUAUAUACAUCACGCACUCACAGCCAGAUCCGACAAGUGAUUCAAGAAUUAAAAAGAAGCAGCUAUAGGCCCAAAAUGGUAGUCUUAGGAUCUCGAGAGCAACUGUGCAUUCACGAUGAAGUUAGGUUACUUCGUGGAAAAGCACAAACAAAUGCAUGUCACGCCCUAUGCAGAAAGCGUGGAAAGCGUCAUUGUGCUCAUUUUCUUCCAGUUGCAGAUUAUGUGAAGAAGAAUCCUUGCCUUGGAGAUGAACCUAUUGAUAUAGAGGAUUUGGUCAAUAUUGGAAAAGGAUAUGGGCCGUGUCCUUACUACAUGUCAAGGGAGCUUCACAAGGUUGUCGAUAUUUUAUUUGCACCGUAUAACUAUCUCAUUGAUCGUGGGAAUAGAAAGUCUCUUAACAUUGACUGGAACAACAGUAUACUGAUAUUUGAUGAAGCUCACAACCUGGAAAGCUUGUGUGCAGAUGCAGCCUCUUUUGACUUGGCUUCUGGGCUCCUGACAGCUUGCAUUUCUGAAGCAAAGAAUUGUAUAGAUCUUUCUGUAGCAAGGAGGGACCAGUCAAAUGACCAAUCAAAUAAUCCAGAUAACUUUGCUAUUCUUAGAGCACUCUUGUUAAAGCUUGAGAAGCGGAUUGCUGAAGUGCCAGUCCAAUCCAAGGAAUUGGGAUUCACGAAGCCUGGGCCUUACAUCUAUGAACUACUUGGUGAACUUAAUGUCACGCAUGAUACUGCCCCUAAGCUCAUUGGUAUAAUUGAGGAAGCUGUUGUGCUUCUUGAGGAAGAAAACCAACAACGGGCAAAGGGCACUACUUGCAGGUUGGAAAGCAUUGGCAAUAUUCUUCAAAUUGUCUUUAGAGAUAAAGGCAAUGCUCAUGCAAAUUCUUAUCGUGUUCAUGUACAGGAAGUUGAGGCAAAUGCAGCAGAUGCCCUAAAAGGUAAGGCAUCUAGGACACUUAGUUGGUGGUGUUUCAAUCCAGGAAUUGCCUUGGAAGCAUUCUCCAGGAUGGGUGUUGGCUCAAUUAUAUUGACAUCUGGGACUUUAUCUCCAUUGGAUUCAUUUGCACAGGAGUUGAAAUUAGAUUUUCCUGUUCGGUUGGAAAAUCCGCAUGUUAUAUCCACAGAUCAGGUAUGGGCUGGGGUAGUACCAGUUGGCCCUUCAGGCCGCUCUUUCAAUUCCUCGUAUCGCAAUCGUGAUUCUAUAGAGUACAAACAAGAGCUUGGAAAUGCUAUUGUUAAUUUUGCUCGAAUAGUACCUGAUGGACUGCUGGUUUUCUUCCCAUCUUACUACCUUCUAGACCAAGCCAUUGGAUGCUGGAAGAAAUUGGGCAAUGAAAAUUCGACCACAAUAUGGGAAAGAAUCUGCAAACAUAAGCAACCUGUUAUAGAACCCAGACAAUCUUCUCUAUUUACUUUGUCAAUUGAGGACUAUAUGACUAAGCUGAAGGAUAGCUCAACUUCUGGUGCAAUAUUCUUUGCUGUAUGUCGUGGCAAGGUGAGUGAAGGUCUAGAUUUUGCUGAUCAGGCUGGAAGAGCUGUAGUCAUCACUGGUUUACCAUUUGCCACAAUGACUGAUCCUAAGGUUAGGCUAAAACGUGAGUACUUGGAUCAACAGGGGCAAUCACUACGGGAAAGAUGCAAGAUCCUAACGGGGGAAGAGUGGUAUAAUCAACAAGCAUCACGAGCUGUGAAUCAGGCUGUUGGGCGUGUGAUCCGUCAUCGCUAUGAUUAUGGAGCAAUCAUUUUCUGUGAUGAAAGGUUUGCCUUUCCAAAUCGUCAGUCUCAAAUAUCACGUUGGAUACAACCACAUAUCAUGUGCUACUCCAAAUUUGGUGAUGUAGUUUUUACACUUACCCAAUUUUUCCGCAAAGAUGGAACUUGUGGUCCUCCAAAGCCAAAGUUAAUAAAAAACGAAGAAAAAGACAGGAGCCCAAAUCUUGCCUCAAAAUCACUUCUGGACAAGGGGGUAGUUGAAGUGUCGUCAGAGAACACAUCUUUUUAUGCGAGGUCAUCAAUGCAAGAAAGUGCCGAAGAGAUGAAAAAUCUGCAGCCGAUGGACAAAUCGUUCCUCCAAGAUUUUCUUACUCCAAUGAAACUUACAAAGCAUUCUUCCUCCAUGAAGUCAUUAUCUUUUCGGCUUGAAGUCGAAAAAAGCAAGUUGGGAGAUGUAGUUCCUGCCAAUCGUUCGUCUCUCGGUAGUUUAAAGGCAAACCAACCUUGUAAACUGAAACAUUCAAGUGAUCUUAUGCAUUAUGAGAAAAAAUUGUUAAUUCCUGGGAAGAAGACUAUGCAAUAUUCAAACUGUGAGAUUAUUGAUUUGACUAGUGAACUGCUCGUGGACGAAAAGCCAGCCAGAGAGGAAUUAUUGGCACCAUGUUCAUCAAAGAAGCAGAAAAUAUUAAAAACAGAACAUGGUGCUACUCAACAUGCUGAAAAUACUAAUGAACAUGCGACUGGUUCCAAGUGUUCCCAAUUCAGUGACAGUUCCUCAAUUAUUAAACUUGUAAAGCGUGAAAAUGCGCUGGUUUCUAAGAGUCAAAGCAUGCAAAUUGCAGAAGGUGGUUCUUCAUUACUAUCUAAGGAAGAUGGGAACUUAAAUAAGAGCGACAUUCAGUGUCUCAGUCCGAGAAACAGAUGUGGUCAGAUUGCUUCCGUUCCUUGUGAUGAUGAGGAAACAAGAGGAGCUGCAUUUCUAAUUCAGGUUCAAGAGAAACUCAGUGCUGCAGAAUAUAAGGAGUUUGUGGGGUUUAUGAAGGCGCUGAAGUCCAAAACAAUGAAGAUAGGCCAUAUUCUACAGUCCAUCGUGAGAUUAUUCUCUAGACCAGAGAGGCAUCUGCUUCUUAAGAGAUUCAGAGAUUAUGUGCCUUCAAAGUACCAUUCUUUAUACGAGCAAUACCUUGAGAUUAACGGCCAAAUGCCCAAGAAUCCAACUUAGGUUGACUGAAAAGCUUUGUUGUUUGGUCUAAUCGCCUGUCCGAAUUCUAGAGCCCCGAUUUGAUGCCAUUGAAAUUCUUGGGGAGGUUCUCCGUUCUAUUGCAUUUUCCAAUAUCCCCCAGAACUCAUAAUGAGUUUGGGACGCUAAUGCGCAGGACAUGCUUUAUCUUACCUGGAUAUUCAUCCAGAUACUUGCCGUCUCUCUCAAACCUGAGAAAGUACUUCGCCACAUAAGGUAUCUGCUAUACGAUGAUGCUUCAAUGGAUAUCAGGAAACUCUUUCCCAUAUCAACGUACGAGGCAACUACUGCAAAGCUUUUGUAAAGAUUCAUCUUACUCAGUGAUAUUUUGGGUGGAUAUGAAAAUCAACCUAUGCUAACACUACUCUUACAGGAGUGUGUUAAAAUUCACAAAUGAAACGAUGUAUGCAUCAUUUGAUUUAUUUCUAUGGUGUCAGAAAGUUUUGGUCACAAUUCAUUACAAGAAUGGGCUUUGGAUCA